AUGGAUCGAAUGAAUGAAUACACUGCCAGUACUAUCCUGGAUGUCGUGGAUCGAAUUUUGCAAUACAGACACGGCAAUGUUUCUGUAUUUCUCCAUCGAAAUACUGCAACCUUUGAGCAAGCCUUGCUCGCAACUGCAGAGCAGGUUCGCGAGCUCCCUAAUUCCCCACUAUAUGGAGUUACGCCAGAUAACCCACUGAAUGUGAUUGGAACAUCAUCAUCGAACCUGCCUAUUCGAACAUCUGAAAAGUUGAGAUUUGAGCCUAUGCCAGAGCCUGUCUUGGGACAUCGUCGUGCUGCCUUCAAGGCAAAGUUUUGUGGACCCGAGAACCAGAUACCUCCGCGGGACCCAUAUAUCCUACAACUCCGAGCCACUUUCACAGAGAAGAGACUGGCAUUGAUUCGUGGCAGCGUAGUGGUCUCUGCUGCCGACUGGGAUGACGGAGAUCCUCGAGUGGAGAUGUCCGAUAUCCCCCUCCUCUGUGACACCGGAGCUUAUAAGACAAUUAUCACAGCCGAUAUGCUCUCUCCUGGUUUCGUCCAUUACCUACACACAGACCCAAUCAAUGCGCCCCACCGCCAUCAUGGAAAUCCUCGAGUACAGGUCGGUCUUCUCCUGGAAUUUUCAAAUUCUAUCUUGAGCCUCGAAACAAUUGCAACCGUCUUUGAAAGGGAAGCGGUCCCUAAAAUACGCUCUGGUAUUAUUCUGGGACAGAAUGGAUGUAUCAAUAGCAUGCAAUAUCGCUCAAUUCCGCGGGCAGUUCUCGAGGCCCAGGUCCAAAUAAUCGGCAGUGAAUUCUGGGGUGAUCUGGUCGUGGAGAGCUUCGUCGAUCUUGACGGUAUUCUUCAGCAACUUUGA